AUGAGGUCACGGGUUCGAUUCUCUCUGGGAUAUAAUUCUUGCCUGCGAUUCCAGCGUCAAGCUUACCAUCAGGAAGCACUCCGAUUAGCUACAAUCAAUGUCGGAACUCUCACUGGACGACAUCGAGAAUUGGCGGAUGUCCUCAGGAGACGACGAGUGGAUAUAGCCUGUAUACAGGAAACAAACUGGAAGGGUGGAAAAUCGCGUGAUAUCGGUGAUGGCUAUAAGCUUCUCUACAAUGGCACAAGCAGCAGUCGCAAUGGAAUAGUUGACCGAUUAAGUAAUCGACUUAUGAGCAUAAAGAUUGACACUGGUAGAAAAGUCUUUCGAAUUGUCACCGCCUACGCUCCGCAGAGCGGAUGCAAGGAGGAAGAAAAAAAUAUGUUCUGGUGGGAGCUUGACGACUACAUCACAUCCAUACCACAGGUUGAGGUACUCCUGCUCGGAGCAGAUGGGGGAGAAAAAAAAUGGUGCGGGAAAGUGUUACGGGAACAACGGAUACCGCACAUGCAAUGA